AUGGAGGUGCCUCUGCUCGUUGAUCCGCAUACAGUUGAGGUGAAAGCUAGUGGUGGUGUUUCCACCCACCAGAUACAUAAUACAACCCAGAAGCGAUUCGCCAUCAAAAUUAAAUCGUCGAAUAUUAAGGAUUACAUUCUUAAGCCGGUUUACACAUUUCUGGAGCCGGGCAAGCAGGAACCCCUGGUUGUUACACGAAAAGAGGGGCCAGCAGGAAAAGAUAAGUUGGUAAUCGAAUUUCUGGAAGCACCAGCAACUGAAAAGGAUGCACAGGCCUUCUGGAAAGGUAAAAAAUCAAUGGGUGAAGUGAUUGUCCCAGUGAUUUGUACUUGA